AAGGGAAACACCCAAACCAAAAUAGUAAACACACAGCGUAUUAUAUUUUAUUUUUUUAAUAUCUUCUCUAACUAAAUAUUUGACUCAAUACACAGUGUACAGUGUACAACACCUUCCUUCGUCUGUCUCACAUUCAUUUGCACUACGAUAUUGAGAAAUUAAAAUUCUAAGAUAUUUAAGUAGAGUUAUGUAUAUACAUUACACAUAUAUCUAAAGUGAAGCUUUUUACAAUCCUGUCUUUCUGUGAAAAACACUCCUUCUACACACAUCCAUAUUCAAAGCACACAUUGAAUUCCAUUAUCAUUUUGACUAACUUUCAUCAUUAAAAUAUCGUCAUUUCUGUUAUCGAAAGAACUUGAACUUCAAUACAAUAAAUAUUGGCAAAUGUGUAUAUCAGAGCAAAUUGAUAUUGUUGUUACCCCCAAUGUAUUUGUUCCCGUUUCAUUUAUUGAUAUGUAGGAGCUGGAAUAACAAAUUGCCUCUUUCAUAGUCCUGUUAUUUUCAGCCUGAGUUUAAAACAAGUCUUUAUUAUUAUUAUUAUUGUAAAAAUCGUGUUAUUUUACCAUUCACAAAUGAAUGAAAUAUAUCCAUGUUUUCAAAUGAAUUCAACAGAAAGUCUAUCAGAAGAUGAUUUAAAUUUAUGCUCAAAUAGUACAACAACAAAAUCAAUAAAAUCAAUGAAUGCCUAUCGUAAACUGCACAAUUCAAACUCUUUGAAUUCAGAUCCGUUGAAUUCAUUCAGCACUGAUUCGUAUUAUUCUGAUUUGAAUAAUAAAGGGGAUCAUUGUAGUGGUAGUAGUAGUAGUAGCAUUAGUAGUAAUAGUAUUCAUCAUAAAAACGAUUUUAUGAAAUAUUCCAAUGAUAUUGUUGAUUCAAGUAAAUUAAAUCCUAUACUAGCUAUAGCUAGUCAUCAAUGGUUCGAUCGAUUAUUUCACUCGAACACAUCAUAUACAUCGAAUCAUUCUCAUCAUCUGCACCAUCAUAACCAUCAUCACCCACAUCAUCCACAUCAUCAUUCUCAUGAACAUCAUCAAAGGUCGUUGUAUAAUGCUCCUCAUCACCACCGUCAUCAUCAGCAACUGGAGGAAAAUCAGCAGCAUAAUCAACCAGCAUGUCUCGGUGGAAUGAGCAGCUUUGAAUCAUCUCAUGAAUAUUUUGGACGUAUUCGUUUUAAUUCACAGUGUUUAGGUUAUUCUCAAAGUGAUGAAAACAAUCCACUGAUGAAUUCGACAGUCAACAGUAACUUGGAAUUAUCCAGGUUUAAUAAUAUGCAAAAUGAAAAUAGCGGUGGUGAUAACAAUAAUGAUAAUAAUGACGAAACCAACGAAAACGAUGAUAUAACCCCCACCACCACCAUCAACACCACCGACAACAACAACAUCAAUGCGACAAAUGCUACAAAAUAUGACUAUAGUUCAUCGCAUGGGAAAGGGAAAAUAACUUCAAGCACACCUAAAACGCAUUCAACAUCAUUAUCUUCUUCUUCGUCGUCUAAUUUAGAUUACCCGACUGAAUUCAGUUUUAAUACUGAUAAAUUCACAAAUUAUUCCAAUUAUUUUACAGAAUUCAACAAAAAUGAAAUAACAGAAAGGCAGGAUAAACAGUCAACACUAUCCAGUACUCAGAAUGCUAAUACUACUAAUAAUAAUAAUAAUAGCAGUGGUUUUGAUGACAGAGAUCAUGAACCUAAUCGAUUACACUCAAAACUGAUGAGUGAAAUUAAUGAACCUGCAAAGAAAUUGUGCUAUAGCUUUAAUAGUGAAGGCCAUCCAACAGAUAUUAGAGAUAAUCAAAGUGUUAAGAAUACUGUGAUCAUGGAUAAAAGUUAUCUGGCAUCAUUUCAAAAUACAAAAAUUGAUGAAUUAGGUUUGAAUUCGAUAACGCUGACAAAUAAUGAGAAUUUCAAGUUAUAUAAUAAUAAUAAUAAUAACAGCGGUAAUCAGGCAUCAAAAUCCCCGCUAAAUGAUUCAUCUUUGCCUUCACCAGGGCAAACAAAUUCACAAAGAAUGUUGAACGCUGAAGGGGCAACAGCUACAUCUUUAUUAGAAUGGCGCUUAACCUCUGAAAAUAAUAAUUUCAUCGCAAAAAUUAAAUCUGAUCACAAUAAUAAUAAUAAUAAUAAUGAACAGCUGGAGUCGAAUUCAUCAAAUAGCAUGUUUACUAAUCUUUCAAUGAAUUCAUCAUUUAUGAAUAAUCCUAUCAAAAAUAAUGAUAAUACUGAUAAUACUACUACUACUAUUAAUCAUAAUAAUAAUAGUAAUAGCAAAGAUGGCGGUGUUUAUGAAGAGAAGUUGAGCACUUCUACAGAUAGACAUUCACCACCCUUGUCUUAUUCAUCACAAUCAACAGAGAAUUUAAAUGAUGAGUCAAUACGUGGUGGAAAUCCCCAACAUGCUUCCUACUUACAUCCGCCCCCUCUUCAUCAACACACUGACAAGUUAUGCUCAGAUGUUAAUAAUGAAUUCAUAUGGAAAACGAACCCUCAUCCUCCUAUUCCUCCUCCAGGAGGAGAUUUAAUCAAUUAUGAAAAUGAAAUAAGUUAUAUUAAGAAUCGUUGGAAUACUAAUCAUCAUUUACUAAUGAAUAAAUUACGUUUUAGUGGGAAUUUAAGCACAACAAAUAGUGGGGUAUUUACUACAACUAAUAACAGUAAUAAUAAUAAUGAAAUGAACUAUCCUGAGCAAAAUCUCACUGAUACAGCCGCUGGUACUAGUAAUCGAAGUAAUCUCACCGGUUUCGAUUCAAUGAUUCCAUGUAUAUCACAUAAUUUUUUAACAAAUUUCACUCGGACACCUUAUGAUGGAGGACAGAAUAAUUGUUUACAAGAGAAUUUAUAUGAUCUAUCGUCAUCUAGCCAUCAUUUGAAUUCACACAACAGUCUAGUUGGAGGUUUUACAAAUCCAGCAAACUUUUUCAGUUUAGAUAGCGGUAGUAAUAGUAGCACCAUUAGUAGUAGUCAUCCUGUCUCAACCUCUUCAAGUGAUCAUAACAGGCUAGAUGAUGUGUAUGAUAGAACGGAACAAUGUUUAGGCUUAAGUAGUCUUUCUCAACAGCACAACCAUCAUCAUCAUCAUCACCAUCAUCAAUUCAUGAUGAUGAAUAAUAACUGUGCAAGCGAUUAUAAUAUGAAUCUACCAAACGAUGUCACUAUGGCAACAGGAAGCGCGAAUAAUGACUUUAAAACCGGUUUAAAUUAUUAUCUCCUACCGCCUGUAAAUGGUUUCACAACAAAUACUGACUCUUCUUCUUCUUCUUUAUCAUGUCAAAUAACAAAUGGUGGGAUAACAUCUAAUUUCAAAAAUCGUUUAACUGCAUCAACCGGUGGAUAUUCUUCACAGAAUUUCACGCAUUCUAAUCUCUUGAGCUGUAAUCAUUCAAAUACAUCAAUCUAUCGUCAUCCAGUUGAAUUAGAUUAUAAUCCAAGAGAAUUAGAAGCCUUCUCUGAGCUAUUUAAACAAAGACGUAUUAAACUUGGUGUCACACAAGCUGAUGUUGGUAAAGCGUUAGGUAAUCUAAAGAUAUCUGGUGUUGGGUCAUUGUCUCAAUCAACUAUAUGUCGUUUCGAGUCAUUAACCCUAUCGCAUAAUAAUAUGAUUGCCCUGAAACCUGUACUACAAGCAUGGCUUGAAGAAGCUGAAGCUGAGGCGAGUUCACGUUCUAAUCAUCCAAGUAUUUAUGAUUUAGAAGAAGAAAGACGACGUAAACGUACCUCGAUAACGGAUUCAGAGAAACGAUCACUUGAAGCAUUUUUCAGUAUUCAACCACGUCCAUCCUCGGAGAAAAUUUCACAGAUUGCAGAGAAACUUAAUUUGAAAAAGAAUGUUGUUAGGGUGUGGUUUUGUAAUCAACGUCAAAAACAAAAACGUAUGAAAUUCUCUACACUUGGUAUGUUGCAUCAUUCUGCAACUCGGACGUAGAUAAAGUAACCAGUCACGUUGACAAGGCAACAACGAUUACAAUGGAAUUGAAAUUAUUGACAGUAACUAUUAUCAAAUACUAUUCCAUACUUAUAGUUUAAAAUAAAAAAAAACAACCUCCCUUACAGUACACUUUUCUAAAGAUUAUUAUGCCACCGUUAUUAUCAGUAUCACUAUUAUUAUUAUUAUUAACUGUGUAUCACUUAUCUUUGAUCUCUUUCUUUGUAACUGACCAUGAUUUAGUUUGUUUUUCCAUUUUAAACAAAAUAUGUGAUUCCUGUGUGUAUACAUCACUUUUUUUCAAG